UUUCGACUUUGUAAACAAAUAAAACCAUCAAACAUGUAUCUGAUAAAACAAUAUAUUCAAUAAAAAUGCUUACUUUUAUAAAAGAAAGACCUCCUCUAGUGGUGUUCUUCCUAUGUUUAUUAAUAACAUCACUUACCUUGUUUGGAUUCUCAUUUUAUAUCAGAAAUAGUAAUGAUAUUCCUGACAGUGAUGCAAUUUAUGUGAGUCAAAUUUACAUAAUAUUAAUAACAACACAUGCAAGAUAACAUGGCUUAUCUGGAGGUUCUCAGUCUUAAUUCAAAUCAAAUGAAAUCUCAGCUAAAUUUAAACAAAACACAGUGAAAGGAAUAUCUGUAUCACCUUAUUGCUGAUCACCUAAUAGAUUGGAAUCAAUUACUAAAACAUAUGAAUGAACUAGAUGUAUGCCUGAAGGAAAAACCUUUGCAGCAAAAUAUCAGUAUUAAUACCAACUCUCUGAUUGAAAUGAGUACAGUUCAAACACUUGUUAAUGUUGAUGUCACAUAUUUCAAGAAAUAUUCGAAAAUACAAGGUUUGAUAUCAUUAAAGGGAUGGCAUUCAAUGUGUCCAAAAAACCACCAAACACCAUCAAGUUUUGAAAUAUUCUUUGAAAUACCAAAAACACCUGCAAAUGUUAGUGCUGUGGAUAUUUGUGUUAACUUGAGAGGACCUUCAGAGUAUCUUCCAAUAUUUUCAGAACCAAACUGUUUAGUAAGCAGUAUACCAAGUCAGAUUGAAGAUGAUCUCCCAAUAGGAUAUUUGAAUACCACUAGGAAAGCUAAAUAUGAUGAUCAAUUCUGUCUGGGUCAAAGAUUCACAAAAAUGUCAUUCUAUCCACAAAAAAAUGAUCUGAUAGCUAAUUCAUUGGGGAAUAAUGAGAAGAGCCUCAUUUUUGUACAUCUACUGUGGACUAGCUGUAUACUGAUUUUUAUAAUAAUUGUUAUAUUGAUUUAUGGAAUAUUACAUGGUGAUAAUUCAAAGUUCGAUAAAUAUAUUGAAAAAUGUACAAAUCUCAUCCAACACAGGUGAUUUUAUGUAAUGUAAAAAUGUUCUUUUUUUAUAUGUAUCUUCUUUCAUUUUCAUUUCUUUUGUUAUUAUUGUUUGUAGUAUUGAAAAGCUCCAAACAAAUUCAAAAGAUCAAAAACAUUAUAGUAGGUAACCAAUAUGGUACCAAAUUCUACACAUGGAACUUUGAGCUCUCUUGAAAAUACAAAAUACAGACCUUUCUCAAAAAAUAUGAUGCCCAGAUACCUAUUAUGCUACUAUAAUGGUUUUUUAUAGGCAAUCCUUCCAAUAUUAACAACCUAUAUAUGCAUGUAAAUAAAUAUGUAUAGCAGAAAUCAGAAAUAGAAUAAAUCAGGAAAUUCAUUUAGCAUGUAAAUAUCCAAUCUGGUGACAGAUAAUUUCUUCAGGAAAUAAAGCAAAAUGUUGAUUAAAAAAAUGAGUUAUAGGCUGUUUAUGAAUAUGGAGAUGAAUAAAAUAAACAUGUUUUGUAAAAUUUUAUAAACAGCAAAAUGCAAUCACAAAUAUAAUCAUUAAUAAAUAAACCAAACUGUUGUACAAAUACU